AUGAGAUAUACUAUCCCUUCGACGCCCUCGGCCACUCAUGUCCACGCCGCCAUUGUGGGCAUGGGCCCCCGAGGCACCAGCACAUUGGAGCGCCUCUGCGCGUCCGCCACCGAAUUCCUGUCUCCAGGCAUGCGAUUGACAGUCCAUGUCGUGGAUCCCUCACCGCCAGGAGCCGGCCGGGUCUGGCGCACCGAGCAAUCCUCCGAGCUGCUGAUGAACACCGUCACCUCGCAAGUCACCCUCUACACCGACGAGAGCAUCAUCUGCUCCGGUCCCAUCCAGAACGGGCCCAGCCUGUACGAAUGGGCCGCGCAAGAGAAGCUCGACCUGGGGUCGGACGAGUACCCGACGCGCGCGCAAUACGGACACUACCUGCAAUGGGUGUUCAGCGAAGUCGUGCGCACCGCUCCCCCCCAGGUCGAGAUCGAGGUGCACGCCGCGCGCGCCGUCCAGCUCGACGACGCGCGCGAGGACAGCGAGGGCCGCCAAACCCUCAAGCUGUCCAACGGCCGCAUCCUCUCCGGCCUCUCCGCCGUCAUCCUCUCCCAGGGCCACGUCCCCCUCGUCCAUGACCCCAAGCUGCUGCAGCUCAGCGCAUACGCCACGCAGCACGGCCUGCGCUACAUCACCCCCGUCAACCCCGCCGACGUCGACCUCUCGACCAUCCAGCCCGGCGAGCCCGUCUUCCUGCGCGGCCUCGGCCUCAACUUCUUCGACUACAUGUCCCUCCUGACCACCGGCCGCGGCGGCCGCUUCGUCCGCACCACCAGCGGCUCCCGCUACCACCCAUCGGGCCGGGAGCCUCGCCUCUUCGCCGGCUCCCGCCGCGGCAUCCCGUACCAGGCACGCGGCGACAACGAGAAGGGCCCCUACGGCCGCCACAUGCCUCUCCUGCUCACAGACGAGCUGAUCGAAGGGUUCCGCCAACGCGCCGAAUCGGGGUCCCACCCUCCCGACUUCCUCAAGGAAAUCUGGCCCCUCGUCUGCAAGGAGGUGGAACUAGUGUACUACGAAGCGCUCCUGCGGCAACACAAGCUGAAGACGCGGGACUUCCGGCCUCGCUUCCUCGCCACGAAGCACCAGAGCGUCGAGGAAGGCGACGUGCUCACUGACUUCGGCAUCUCCGAAGAGCACCGCUGGUCGUGGGAGCGCAUCUCGCGACCCUACGGCGAGCGACGGUUCACGGCCGGCGCCUGGCGCGACUGGCUGCUCGAGUACCUGCGCGAAGACGCGCGCGAGGCGGCGCUGGGCAACGUCAACGGGCCCUUGAAGGCGGCGCUGGACGUGAUGCGCGACCUGCGCAACGAGCUUCGUCUCGUGGUCGACCACGCAGGGGUGUCGGGGACGUCGCACCGCGACCAUCUCGAUCGGUGGUAUACGCCGCUGAACGCGUACGUGUCGAUUGGGCCGCCGCGGCAGCGCAUCGAGCAGAUGGUGGCGCUGAUAGAGGCCGGGGUGCUGGAGGUGCUGGGCCCGCGGCCGUCGGUGACGGCGCAGGACGGCGCCUGGACGGUGCACUCGCCGGAGGUGCCGGGGCUGAAGGCGCGGGUGACGACGCUGAUUGAAGCGCGCCUGCCGGAGCCAGACGUGCGCCACACCGGCGACGAGCUGAUGGCGCAUAUGCUGCAGAACGGACAGUGUCGGCCCUACACGGUGGAUGGGUAUGAGACGGGUGGCUUGGCUGUGACGAAGAGCCCGUAUCAGGUGGUGGAUGCGCAGGGGCGCGCGCAUGCGAGACGGUUCGCGGUGGGAGUGCCUACGGAGGGAGUGCACUGGGUCACGGCGGCUGGGGCCCGGCCGGGAGUCAACUCGGUGACGCUGUGCGAUACGGACGCGGUGGGACGAGCGGCGCUGUCGGUGGCCGUGGCUGAUAUCGGGCUGGCAGAGAGGCUGGCCGACUCGAAGGCUCAAAAUACCCAAGUGGCUUGCUACUGA